AUGAGCUCGGACUUCCAGCAUUACAGUUUCAGGAUGCCGAACAUCGGGUUCCAGAACCUGCCUCUCAACAUAUACAUCGUGGUUUUUGGCACGGCCAUCUUCGUCUUCAUCCUCAGUUUGCUCUUCUGUUGCUACUUGAUCAGGCUCAGACAUCAAGCACACAAAGAGCUUUACGCCUACAAACAGGUUAUACUCAAGGAGAAGGUGAAGGAGCUGAACCUACAUGAGAUCUGUGCCGUUUGCUUGGAGGAGUUCAAGCCCAAGGACGAGCUGGGGAUCUGUCCCUGUAAACAUGCCUUCCACAGAAAGUGCCUCAUCAAAUGGCUGGAAGUGCGAAAAGUGUGUCCGCUCUGCAACAUGCCGGUGCUGCAGCUGGCCCAGCUGCACAGCAAGCAGGACCCCGGCCCCCCCCAGAGCCCCCUCCCCGGCGCAGAGAACAUCGUAUAGCUCUGCCGACCCAGGGACUGCCCCGCCGCCGGCCCGGGGGGACUCGGAGACAACCAAAGCACUACGGCACCAGCACGGAGGGACAGGCGAGGACGCGGGCGGCCGGGCGGGGAGCCCGGAGCACUUUAUGGUGGGGG